AUGCCGCCCAAAGAGCUGCCUGGGUUCUACUACGACCCGGACAAGAACCGCUACUUUCCCACCAAGGGCCGCAUCCCCGGCGCCGCCAACCGCCCGCCUCGCCCUCCGCCGCCGCCCGCUGAGCCCUCGCCUCCUCCCACAGAACGCAGGAAAAGGGCGAGGCAGUCCGAGCUGCUGCAUGCCAGAGAGAUGUACGGCGGUGGUGUGAUAUUCUCCAAGAACAACAAGUCCACCUUCAAGCAGCAGUGCCAGUACACACAGGCGUCGCAGCCCAUGGUUUGGAAGUACCAAGGCACAACCUUAGUGGCUGAUAAGGCACUGGAGGAACUGCACGCCAUGGUUCAGACACCGAGUGGGCUGCGUGAGUCCAAGCUAUUAGCGACCGGCAGCACGAAUGGUUCAAUCAGAUUAUUUGGGUUGGGAACUGCUCUAGAGAAUUUUGAGGAUGAGAUGGAGUUUUUACCUCAGCCUGUUUGGACUCCCUUGGGAAAGCAGAAAGCAGCAGUGAAUUCUCCACUUGCAAAUAUCUGGUCAUCUGAAACAGCUUUCUCAAACUUCUCAUCCAGUAUAUCUUGCAUAAAAAAGUUUGGGCACAACUUCCAUGAUGCAGCCAGCGCCAACUCAUCGGUUCAGCGAGCAUUGGUGGCUACUCUUGGAUCUGGAGGAUCCGGUGGUUCUGUUUAUAUUAUGGAUAUGUCAACUAUCGACUCUGCAACGGUUUCACGGAAUGCCCAUGAAAGAAUUGAAAGAGUUGCUUCAUUUGAUCGUACAGUAUGGACUGCUGAUUGUAAUUCUGAUGGCACACAAGUAGUUCUAGGUACAAACACUGGCGCUGGUUUGCUUAAUUUGGAGACGGGGACAUUAUCAUGGCUGUAUCGUUGUAAAAGUGACAUUCUCUCCCAGCAAUUUGUGCACUCGGGAAAUGUGGUGCUAUGUGGACUACGGAAUGGGAGCAUAGUCCCUGUUGAUGUGCGGGAAAGGCACAGUAAUCAACCUACUGGUCGAUCUUCACCUAGCACUGCUAGGGGGACAGUUCCCAUGCUGUCUGCAAGGCAUAAUGCCAGAGGGAGAAACCAGGCUGAUAAGGCAAAAUCAUCUAGGGUUAUCUCUAUGCCUUCAGCAGUUUGCAGCCUGGUUUCUCUGUCAUCGGAUGAACACUACUUCUUAGGGAGUUCCAUGGAUGGAUCGAUCAAGCUAUUUGAUCUCCGUCUCAUUCAGAAGGGGGCUAUACAGUCUUAUGCAGGGCAUGUGAAUUCACACAAUAAUUUACCACUUGUUGUUGAUCCAUCUGAAACCCUACUUAUGUCAGGUGGGGAGGACUGUACCGUCCGUAUUUGGAGCAUCAAAACAGGCGAGCAAAUAUUUGCGAAGAGCGUGGCUGACACUCUCUUCACUGCACUUUGCUGGCCAGAAAGCAACCUUGACUUGGAUGGUUCUUCUUCGCUGUUUGAUCUAAACCACAGUUGGGGGGCUUGGAUGGGAUCACGUGAUGGCCUGUUCUACAUGCAUGGUACUUAA